GCAAAAUAGAAGAGAGUGGUGGCCCGCGAUCCGGCGAAAGGAAAAAUUUCCCCUUAUACAUGAACAGUCGAGAUUUUCCAUCACCGCCAGAUCAUCAUCUUCUUCUAUGGUCGGUGGCGGGGGGUGGCGGUGGGCUGUCACUCUUGAAAACUCAACCCCAACCAGCCAAACUCAGGCCACCUCCUGAAGGCAACGUGUCGCCCACUCAUUCUCCGCCGCCCCAACGAAACCUCCUCCCUUCCUCCCAUUCCCAUUUUUAACCCAACAGACCAUUUCCCAUUCUCUCUCUCUCUCUCUCUCUGAUUGCAAUUAAAGCUCAAGAUCAAGAAGAAACGUUCAAUAUUCAAAACUCCCUCUCGCUUCUCUGCUGUUGCCUCGCCCCUUUUCUCUCUCCCCCGCUCAUUUCUUUUUUUUUUCUCCGUCUUCCCUGCAAUCUUCCCGUCUCUUUCUUCUCCAUCUACCCAUACCCACGAAUCGAAUUAGAAACUCCGACGUCCUGUCCCUUCCCGAGAUCUGACCCAGCACCCACCGGCGGCGACGCUACGACAUCGACGUCAUGGCUCGCCGUCUCUUCGCUUGCUUUGGCCGAGGCGCUUCCUCCUCCUCCUCCACCUCGAGGAAGACGACCCAGUCGCCGGAGACCACCUUCGUGGGCGACCAGGCGGCGGAGGAGCAGAGGAGGGGCGGGGCCGGCGGCGUUCUGGUGGAGUUGUUCUCUUCCCAGGGUUGCGCCACCUCGCCGACGGCGGAGCUGCUGGUGUCGCGGCUGGGGAGGGGCGACUUCAACCUGGAAAUGCCGGUGACCGUGCUCGCCUACCAUGUCGACUACUGGGAUUACAUGGGGUGGAAGGACCCGUUUGGGUCGAGCCAGUGGACGGUGAGGCAGAAGGCUUAUGUAGAGGCCUUGAGACUUGACACCAUUUUCACCCCUCAGGUGGUGGUGCAGGGCAGAGUCCAAUGCGUUGGUACCGAAGAAGAUGCUCUGUUGUCCUCCAUCAGAUCUGCUGCCAGGUUCCCUUCUCCUGCAUUCCAGGCAACCAUCCAAAGGCCUUCACCAGAUUCCUUGCAAGUAUCUCUAACAGGAGCUUUAAGGACAAAGGUUGGUAGUCACGGCUCUAAUAUCAUGGUGGCCUUGUCCGAGAAUGGGUUGGUGACAGACUGCCCGAAGGGGGAGAACAAGGGUCGAGUCCUCUCCAAUGACUUUGUUGUUAGGAGAUUGGAGAAGCUCUGCACUGUCAAAGACAUUUCCGCCAAGAAGACAGUGACAGGAACUGUUAAUUUUUCCUUGUGGGAAGGUUUCAACAGCAGCAAAUGCAGUGUCGCCGUGUUGGUUCAAAACGGUUCUCAUCAGAUUUUUGGUACCCAGACCUUCCAAUUGCCGGAUAACUUGUGAGGUUGAUAAGCUAGAUUGGAUUUUAGCAUCAAAUUCAGGCCAUGACUUCUGAUGGUUGUGUACAGGGAUGUGUUCUGGUUUAGGGUAAUGAUACUUUUUUCUUUUAUUUUUUAUGUUGUUAAUGUUUUUAUUUUAUAUUUAGGAGGUGGGGAGAGGAUUUGCAUCUCACCACGUGAAGUUAUCUUUGAGAUUUGGAAUUGAAUGCUUCUUUGAACAUCGGCUUUCAGGUGUGAAAAUAUUAUAUCUUGUAUAUAAGCUCUUAUCUUGCUCUA